AUGUUGUUAUUUGACAAAAUAAACCAUGGUGCAGCAAUUAAUAUAUCAUCUGAUGGUCUUAGUGCACGACGUAUAACUGGUUUUGCUAAUGGAAUUGUUUUUACUAAUCGUCCAAUAAAUAUUUUCGAAAAAAUAACAUUCGAAUUACAACAACAACCCUAUUCUAUAUGGCAAGGAUCAUUACGUUUAGGUUUAUAUACUGGUCAACAAAUUCCAACAGAUGAUUUACCAUUAUCAACAAUGGAAUCAAAUUUAAGUUCAUCUUAUACAAUGGUAUCUCUUGACAAAUAUAUUAAUUUAUAUAAUGAAAUUCGUUUAACUGUUUGGUUAACACAAAAUUAUUGUUUAAAUUAUGCAAUUAAUAAUGUAUUACGAGGUACAUUAAUUGAUAAUAAUCAAAUUGAUGAAAAUAAUAAUAAUGGAAUUGUACCUCCUCGACUUGUCUUUGAUCUUUUUGGAAAUACUAUUAAAGUUCAACUUAUUCGAGACGAUGAUGUUGUUCCCUAUGAAAUUAAAGCACGAGGACCUGAUGCAAUUCGAUAUUUUCAAACAGCUUGUGAUACUGGUACAACAUCUGUACGUCGUACUUUAUUGUUAAUGAUUGGACCUAAAUUAAGUGGAAAAAGUUCUUUAAAACAAAUUCUUAUAUCUAAUAAUAAUAAUAAUAAUUCCGAUAGUUAUGAUUUAUCAACUGAUCUUUCGUCAUCAUGUUCGAUUAAUAUUGAUCAAGCACAUACAUGGUCUUUAUCAAAAACUACGCAUCAUUCUCAUCCUACGGAUGAUUUAUUAUCUACAGUUAUUCAAGAUUUUGAUGAACAUGAAUUAUCAAAAUCAACAAUACAAAAACAAGAAUAUGAAUCACAAUUAGUACAUAAUAUUAUACUUAAUCUUUUAAAACGACGUUAUGAAUUACAUACAGUUCAUGAAAAAAAAGAUAAAAAUUGGAAAGAAACUUUAUUAGAUGAUCUUAAACUUGUUUAUCCAAGUCCAAUUAUUCCUCUAACAAUUCGUUCAUUAAUUGAAAAACAAUUAACACAAAUGAAAUCGUUAGAUCCACACGCUGUACUUGCUAAUCUAAUGAAUAAUACUAUAAAACCUAAAUCAGAACAAUUACAAGAAUAUCAACGUUUACGUCUUGAUCUUUGGGAUAUGGCCGGAUCAACUUCAUCAUCUGGAAUAACACAUCAGAUAUUUUUAUCGUCAAGAGCAAUUUAUUUACUUGUAUUUGAUUUAUCAAAAGACCUUGAUCAACCUUGUGAAUGGAAUAAAGAAAUAACAAAUCUUGAACAUUUAAAUUAUAUUAUGCAUUCUGUUUUUUGUUAUUCGGCUAAUAUUAAUCAAGGACGAAUGGAAGAUGAUGAAUUAAAUGAUCAUCGUUUAUCACCACCGAUUGUACUCGUUGGUACUCAUAGGAAUCUAUUAACAAAUUCAACAAAACAAGUUACAAUUGAAAAUAAAUUGGCUAAAAUUCGUGCAAUGAUCUCAACAAAACCUUAUUGUAAACAUGUUGUUGAACCCUAUUUUACAGUCGAUACACAUCAUCCAGAUACUACAGAUUAUGAACAAAUUGAUCAAUUAAAACAAUUGAUUGAAGAUGUAACACUUGCUGAAUCAUAUAUCGGUGAACAGAUUCCAACACGAUGGUUACAAUUUGAAAAUGAUCUUAAUCGAUUAAAAAAACAAGAUAAUUUUUAUGCUUCACUCGAUCAAAUUUGUGAAAUAGCUCGUACACAAGAUAUAUGUUCUUCCGAUGAACUUAAAACUUUACUUGAUUUCUAUCAUGAUCUUGGUGUUAUUGUUUAUUUUGGUAAUACACAAGAUAUGUUUUUAAAGAAUACACUUAUUCUUCGUCCACAAAAAUUAAUUCAAUUAAUCAAACGUCUUGUUUGUAAUAAUAAUGAAGAAAAUGAAAAUGAUGAUGGAAUUAUUGAUGAACGAACAUUUGAAAAUCUUUGUCAACCAUUUAUUGAACAAAAGCAAAGUCUUUUAGCAUUACUAAAAAAAUUUGAUCUUCUUUGUGAACGUACAUCAUUAUCAUCAUCAGCAUCAACAUCACCGACAACAACAACAACAACAAAUGUAUGUAAACAAUAUUAUGUACCUGGUUCUAUACGAAGAAUAUAUAAUGAAAAAUUAUCAAUUGAUAAAGAUGAACAAUCAAUAGUAUUUUAUUAUGUAUUUAAUGGGUAUUUUCCAGAAAGUCUUUUUCAUCAAAUUCUUGUUCGUACUAUAAAAUGGACACAAUCAAAUAAUGUUCCAUCACCUAAACUUUAUUAUCGUCGUGGGAAGUUUAUUCUUGAUGAUCAACAUUUACUUAUAUUAACGGCUUCAUCAAUAAAAUAUGCUCGAAUGAAAGUACAGAUUAUUCGGAAUAAUCCAAAUACAACUGCAAAUAAUACAACGACUACGACAACAAGUAAUAAUAGCAAUAACAGUAGUAAUAAUAAUAAAAAUCAAGAUGAAAUUAAUCCUCAAUUAGCAGAUCCUGCUGUUGUAGCAAAGGUACGUAAAUUUCUUGAAUCAUUGCUCAAUGAAAUUAAAUCGACAUGGAUACGUCGUCUUGCAUUUCAAUGUAUGGUUGUGUGUCCAUGUGGAAAAAUAUGUGAUUUACAUAAAACUCCUUAUUGCUCAAAUAAUCUUUGUUUACAUUUUCUCAAUCUUGAUCAUUGUCUUUCAAAUCCCAUUGUUGAAUGUUCAUUUCGUCGUGUACCAACAAAUCAAUAUCGUAAUUGGUUUCCAAAAUUAUCAACAACACGUGCUGUACCAAUUAUAGAUAUAUUAUAUGAUCAAAAAUCUAUGAAUCAUUUUUUUGAAGAUUCAAAUCUACCGAAUUGGGUACGUUCAACUGCAAAACUUUUAUCAACAUCAGAAAUAACUAUAAAUCUUACGAAAUCAUCAAGUGAAAAUCGUACAUGGGUUAUUCUAGCAAAAAAACUUGGUUAUCAACAAUCUGUUAUUGAUCAAUUUUCCCUAAGUCGAAAUCCAAGUUUACAAUUAAUAACAGAUUGGAUUGUACGAAGUGGAAAUUCAUCAUUAGCUGUUGAUAUGUUACUUGCAACAAUGAAACAAAUUGGUCGUGAUGAUCUAGUUGAUAUUAUAUCACGUGAACGAGAAGCACAAUACGCAUUACCAUCAGUUUUUCUUAGUUAUCAAUGGGAUAUACAAGAUGAAGUAAAAGAAUUACGGAAUUUUUUAGAACUAGUUGGAUUUACUUGUUGGAUGGAUAUGGGACAAAUUGGUGGAGGUGAACUUUUAUAUGAAAAAAUUGAUCAUGGAAUUCGAAAUGCUAAAAUUAUUAUUUCUUGUAUAACACCAAUGUAUAUUUGUUCAAAUAUGUGUCAACGUGAAUUAAUCUUAGCUGAUAUGCUUAAAAAACCAAUUGUACCAGUUAUGUUUGAAUUAACACCAUGGCCACCAAUUGGAGCAGCAAGUUUAAUUCUUUCACAAUUAGCUUAUGUCGAUUUAAAAGGUGCUGGUGGACAUGGUGGUAGUGGUAGAGCAGCAGAUUUACAAGCACGUUAUAAUGAAAUAGCAUCAAUGGUAUCUCGUCAUACAACAUCAUCGUCACCAAGUACAUUUCGUCGUUUAGUACAUUCAUCAUCAAUUGAUAAACGUGCUGCAAAUCAUCCAUCAUCAGCAUUAGCAUCAUUAACAACUGCUCGAAAUAUAAAACAAACCCGAAAUCAUCAACGUCGUAAUACAGAUUCACUUAAUUCAAAUGAAAGUUCAAAUAGUAGUAUGAGUGAAGAUGAUUUUGAUUAUGAUUAUAAUGAAACGGAUGGUAGUGAUCAUCCUGUAAGACCUAUUGAACCUAUUUUAACAGCAGCUAAUAUUGGUCCAACUGUUGGCGCACCUUUAACUCAACCAUUUCAAAUUCGUAGUUCUGUUCAUCUUGAACACCGUCUUGGUCCUAUGACAACUAGUCAUCAACCACCAGCUGUUACCAAUCGUAUUGCUAGCUGUACUGUUUGUAGCAUUCUGUGA